AUGGAGAACUCAUUCCUGUCUCUGCUGAUAGUCUCAGUGCUACUAACAGGAACUAUCGUGCAGCUUGUGGUGAGCAACAUUUAUGAUCCUUCCAGGAAGUAUGCAGGGUACCAAAAAAGAAAUAUCCUCCACUUGGAAAGGAAUGCAGAACUCCGGGUACUAAGCUGUGUCCUAAGACAGGAUGAUGCCCUAGCUGCCAUCAAGCUGUUAGAAGCCUACAAUCCUUCUAAAGAAAGCCCUCUCUCGGUUCAUGUCCUCCAUCUGGAAGAGCUCGUGGGCCGAGCCACCCCUCUCAUUAUCGACCACCAAUUAGGACAGAAGUCUUCAUCUAAUUCUUCUCCCAGCGGGCUGCGCGCGCAGCACAUCAUUGAUGUUUUUAACUACUACAAGCAUCAGAAUUUGGGAUCAGUCAGUGUACAAGUCUUCACCGCAGUGUCGCCGUUCUUGUUCAUGCAUGACGAUGUCUGCUCACUCGCCUUCGACAAGUCGGCAUCCCUAGUAUUACUUCCGUUUCAUAGGAAAUGGAGCGCGAAAGGAAAUUUGAUUUUGGAUGAUACUAUUUUGAGGAGCAUAAACUGCCAAGUAUUAGAAAAAGCUCCUUGUUCUGUAGGCAUUCUUGUUGACCGUCGUAAGAUGUGUGGCAGCUCUAGUGCCUCUAAUAUAUCCAUGAGGUCAGUAUUUCGUAUGGCUAUGCUUUUCAUGGGAGGCGACGAUGACAGGGAGGCACUGGUUCUUAGCAAGCGAAUGGCAAGAAGCCCUCUAGUUCACUUAAGCGUUGUAAGAUUGGUUUCUAAAGAAGCUAAACUGGAAGAUCGAUGGGAGAGAAUGCUUGAUGCAGAAACCUUGAAGGAGGUCCAGAUUCGCAGUCCACUCAAUGCCAAUAUAACAUACUUGGAGCACAAAGUGAAAGAAGGGCCUGAGACAGCUCAAAUAGCUCGGUCAAUGGAGAACAAAUUUGAUCUUAUAAUUUUGGGGCGUCGCCACAAGAUCGAUUCACCGUUCACCACAGGUUUAACAGAAUGGAGUGAAUUUCCAGAAUUGGGGCCAAUAGGCGACUUGCUUGCCUCCUCAGACAUUCAAAGUGGAGUAUCAGUCUUGGUGGUGCAGCAACAACAAUUGCAGUGCGAUUGA